UCUCUCAUUCUCAAUUUCGAAAACGGCACACCACACAGAGGCACGGCGCUGGCAGCUCACCUCAGUUCACCGCCACCGCACGCUCGCCGCCGUCGCCGUGCCUCUAAUAGGAUCAUCCGCAUCGUAUGCUCGCGAGUCGCCUCUCGCAUUUCUCUUCCGUCUGUGCUGUGUGCUCCGCCGCACGCAUCUCACGCGCCCGCCGGUGAGUGCUCGAGCAGUGCUUCCUGCAGCCGUGUAGCGGGUCGUCGUCCUACGCCAUCACAGAAGCCAAACGCCUGGUGUGCUCCACUGCUCGCGUCUUGCCUCUCUUCCUGCAACUGUGCUUACUGGUGAGUGCUCGCGCUCACAGCGCCGAGCCUCCAUCUCUCCCUCGCCUCGCUUCCGUGGUUGUUGCAGCCUGAACUGAUUCUCGUCGUCCACAUUCUGCCACUAAAUUUUUACUUAUCAGAGAUGUAUUAUUUGAUUUGUUUGGCGUACCAAGUUGAUACAUACCAUGUUAUUAGAUAGAGUGUGAGUACCACACAAAACCACUCUUCAUCUAAUCUUUUGCAUCUUCUGAUAAUCAUCAUCACUAGCAUGGGGCUGGAGCUUCAGGUUUCCAUUUCCAUGAUCCUCCCUUUCUUCAUCUUGUUUAUGUUAUUCACCAUCUUUUGGACAUCAAAGGCUAAGAACUCAUCAAACUCAAAAUUGCCACCAGGACCAAGAAAACUACCUCUCAUAGGUAACAUUUACAAUCUUGGAUCUCUGCCUCAUCACUCCCUAGCAAGAUUGGCAAAGCAAUAUGCUCCUCUUAUGCAUAUUUAGCUUGGUGAGCUUUCCUGCAUGGUGGUAUCUUCAGCUGACACGGCCAAAGCUCUGAUGAACACUCGUGAUAUCAAGAAGUGUAUAUAGAAUUCAUGAAGGAUGUCAUGGAGGCAGUUUCAGAGUUCUCUGUUGUUGAUCUGUAUCCUUCCAUUGGAGUUCUUGAGGUUCUUACCGAGUUCAGGAAAAAAAUGACAAGCUUCACCGAGAAGUGGAUAGGAUACUUGAGAACAUUAUGACAGAUCAUAGGGACAAAAUUACAGUUGGUGGUGGAGGAGGGGAAGAUCUUGUUGAUAUUAUUUUAAGGCUUCAAAAGCAGAAUGAUCUCCAAUAUCCCUUAUCUGACAGUGUUGUCAAAGCAAUCAUUUUGCUCCAGACAAAGAAAAGGCAAUAACUUUUUCGAACCCCACUUCCCAUUUUUUUCAAAGUUCGAAUCUUUUGCCCUUAUCAUGUCAAUUCAACCAAAAACCGAACCUGGGUCACCCCCCAUUCUCUGCUUGGAGACGAUGAGCAUUCCUGAGCUCAUUCAAAUUCUUCGAGUUAAGUGGCAAAAGGAGGAUUAUGACAGAGUUGAAAAGGUUUUGGUAGCAAGAGAGGAAAAACUUAAAACCAAGGUUGGUCAACUUGAAGAGAAGUUUCAGGUUCAGAGUCUAGCUGCAAUUGAUGCUGAGAAGGUACAAGGGCUUUAUGAGACGUUGUUUAAGGAAGUGAAGGAAAGUGGGUUGGACAAGAAAACCAUUGAGAAUUUGAGGAAGAAGAACAAGGAGUUAGAGUGCGAGAAUAGUAAGUUGUUGGAGUUGAAGAACAAAUGUGAAGUUGAUGGCAAUGCUGUCGAUGAAUUAAGGAAGAAAGUGGCUGAGUUAGAGGCUGAAAAGAAGAAUAAUUUGGAUACCAUUACUGAGUUGAAUGAUAAAAUUGUAGAUCUGAUCAACUUUAAAGUUGCGGGAAAAAAGAUUGGUUUGGGAGAGAUAGAAAAAUUUAUCAAAAAUAAAAAGAACUUCAUGGGUACAAGAGAAAUAAUGAUCCUUUAUCCAUGUGGAGUGAGCACUUUCCUUUUAUGUUAAUGGCUGAUGAGUAUGGACAAUGUUCUACUGAUGUAAAAUUAGUUCAUGAUGUGGAUGAUAUUGGUAUAGCUCAAUACUUACAGGUUAUUGGAGGUCGAUUGUUAUCUAUUGGUCGAACUCAAGAAUUGAAACAUGCAAGUGCUACUUUUGACAAGAAAAGUAUGGAAAAACUUAUGCAGGAGAAUCUAGAAAAAGAGAAGAAACUCCGGGUUGCUUUAGAACAGAUAGAAUUAAAAGAUGAAAAAAUGAAAGGUUUGAUGGAGAAGAUGUUACUAUUAGAGGAAAAGGAGAAGAAAUUAGAUGAAGAUAAAGUUGAUUUGCAGACAAAAGUGAUGGAGAUGACGAUGGAGAAGAAGACUUUGGAGACCGACAAGAAGAAUCAUGGAUUUGAUAUGUUUAUCUUGGGGUUUGAUAGAGCUGUGGAGCAGGCGAGGUUUAUUGCGCCGACAUUGGACUUUGCUGUCAUGGAUCCAUGCAAGGUGGUCAUUAAUGGUCAGCUGGUUGAUGAUGAUGAGGAUCAAGAGAGCGAAAGUGAAGAUGUGGCAGUUGCUUGAUGUUUGUUCUAUACUUCUAUGUGAAAGAAUAUAUUUUUUGUUUGUGUUUAAAUAUAUGGUAUUGCAUGGGUUUUGAUUGUAAUAUUUUGGUAGACUUAUGUUGAGUUUAACCAGGUCAAAUAUAAAAUGUUUGCUA